CUCCGCUGCGCGGGAGAGACGGACAGACAGGGACUUUUUCUUCCCUGGUAGUCAGCUCAGCCGCCACCCACGUGAGCCUUGCCUUGCAUCUCCACUCUGUCACUGUCCCCCUCAUCAGGCGGCUCCCUCCAACGGUUCGCCGCGCCGCGCCUGUCUUUUCUCCUCAGUCUCGUAGGAUUUUGGGUGCGAUGCGAGAACGACCACGCUAGCCAAGCACAUCGACCAUGUUUCAUUGCUUCACUCAAUCUACGAUGUCCACAUUAAUAUAUAGGUAAUAGCAUUGUCCUCCUUGUAAACCCUCACUUCCUUUCUCAAUCAUUCCACAUAUACUAUAUCGUCGAUUUACUACUUUCAAUACUGCCACGAACCAAGUCUGAUCUUCAAUCUAUCUGUGACUCAACACUGUGCACACCAUGGGUGUUCAACGAAACCCCAAAGACUCCAUGGUCUCGACCUGGAGAGACGACCCAAGCCAGUGGACAUGGAGACAUCACAUCCUCAAUCGUCUAGAUACUUGGCACGACCGGGAAGGCACGAAAUUCCCCGUCUUCCAGAAAACCGAUCCCAUUCCAUACUUCACACAAUGGUCGACACACGUGUGGAUCCUCUACCACGCUGCCUGGCCAAUGCUGGUCCAGGCUGCAUACUAUCACUACACGGGCAAGAAUUUCCACCCUGUAGCUGCAGUUAUUUUCUACACUCUCGUCUUUCAAAUCAACUCCAUUCACCAAGUCAAGGUUCUGUCACGAUUGGCAAAGAAAGUUGGAUUCCUCGACGGAGACAAGCAUGGCCGUGAUCCCGUUCCCGACGUAGGCGUCGACAAGGUCCUUCUCUCAGUCGAAUUGACCACCACCAUCCGUCCCAUCUUCACAAUCUUCCUCGCCUAUAACAGCAGCCAAUCCGUCUCAUUGAGCCCCUGGUUGCCCGCAGAACUCUUCCUCUACUCGAUCGUCCUCGACUUUUUCUUCUACGUCUACCACCGCGCCUGCCAUGAGAUUGACGGCCUCUGGCAGUACCACCGCACUCACCACUUGACCAAGCACCCUAACCCGCUCCUUUCCGCCUACUCCGAUACCGAGCAGGAGAUUAUCGAGAUUGCCCUGAUCCCGCUUCUCACCUACGGCGUUUUGAAAGCUUUUGGCUUCCCCAUGGGUUUCUACGACUGGUGGGUCUGUCACCAGUACCUAAUUUUUAGUGAGGCAUUUGGGCAUUCGGGCCUACGUAUCUGCUCCUCAACGCCCGGACUUUCAUCGAUCUUCCUCAAGAUGGUCGAUUGCGAGCUUGUGGUGGAAGAUCACGAUCUCCACCACCGUCAGGGAUGGAGAACAAGCUGCAACUACGGCAAACAGACUCGCCUGUGGGACCGCAUCUUUGGCACUUGUGGAAACCGCAUUGAGGCCAAGGAGGAGAAUGUGGACUAUGUCAAUCGCGUUAAUAUGCCGUUGUAUUGAUCAGGGAUGUGAUUUUUUGAUACUUUAGCGAUAUCGGCUGCAGGGAGCAGCUGGCAUUCAACAAUUGUCGACCUUCUUUUAUCUUAUCAACCUUUAGCUCACGGGUGAAUCACAAUCAGAGCGAACACACACUAUAGAG